CCUUGCCUUACCAACCAAAAAACAGUCCUACUUCUCUCGGUAUCAUGGCAGCUUCUUCUACUUCCCUAGUGUUCAAGGUUCAUCGACGUGAACCGGAACUGAUAGCUCCGGCUAAACCUACCCCUCACGAGUACAAACUGUUAUCUGAUAUCGAUGAUCAAGAAGGUCUUCGGUUUCAAAUUCCGGUUAUCCAAUUUUAUCGAUACGACCAUUCCAUGCAAAGAAAAGACCCUGUUAAAGUGAUUAGGGAAGCACUUGCACAGACCCUCGUGUUUUAUUACCCAUUUGCUGGUAGGUUGAGAGAAGGACCUCAGCGAAAGCUGAUGGUUGAUUGCAACGGUGAAGGCCUUAUGUUUAUCGAAGCAGAUGCGGAUGUUACGCUCGAGCAAUUCGGUGAUGCACUUCAACCACCAUUCCCUUGUUUGGAGGAGCUCCUUUACGAUGUUCCGGGCUCUACUGGUGUACUGAAUUGUCCAUUAAUACUUAUUCAGGUGACACGAUUAGGAUGUGGUGGUUUUAUCUUUGCUCUCCGUCUCAAUCAUACCAUGAGCGACGCUGCUGGCUUAUCUCAAUUCAUGUCUGCCGUAGGAGAAAUGGCUCGCGGUUGCCUUGCCCUGUCGAUCCCGCCCUUAUGGGAAAGACAUCUCUUAACGGCUAGAGAUCCACCGAGAGUCACACGUAAACACCGUGAGUACGACGAAGUAGAGGGAACCAUUGUCCCCUACGACGACAUGGUCCAUCGGUCCUUUUUCUUCGGCCCGACUGAAGUUUCGGCACUUCGCAAACUCGUGCCACAACAUCUUGAUAAGUGUUCAACUUUUGAGCUAUUGACCGCUUGCUUAUGGCGUUGUCGAACCAUUGCAAUUCAACCUAAUCCCGAGGAAGAGGUACGCAUUAUAUGCAUUGUAAACGCGCGUUCGAAGUUUGAUCCUUCGUUACCUUUAGGGUAUUAUGGGAACGCGUUCGCGUUCCCGGUGGCAGUAUCACAAGCAGGAAAGCUUUGUCGAAACCCAUUAGGGUAUUCAUUAGAACUCGUGAAACAAGCUAAGAAUGACGUAACGGAGGAAUACAUGAAAUCACUAGCAGAUUUAAUGGUAAUCAAGGGUCGACCACAUUUUACCGUUGUUCGAUCUUACCUAGUCUCGGACGUGACACGUGCCGGAUUCGGAGAUGCCGAUUUCGGGUGGGGCAAGGCAGUGUAUGGUGGUCCGGCUAAGGGUGGAGUAGGGGCAAUACCUGGAGUAGCAAGUUUUUUAAUUCCAUUCAAGAACAAGAAAGGAGAGGCUGGGAUUGUGCUACCAAUUACAUUGCCAGCACAAGCUAUGGAAAUAUUUGUGAAAGAACUAGAUGCUGUGAUACAGGGAAAGGCAAUAGAUGGGAGUGGACGUAAAUCGAUUUUCGUUUCAUCUUCUUUGUAAAUUUAGCUCUUGUAGUUUGUAUGAUCAUUUUCAGGUGAGGACAUUUGAUAUGUUAUAUGAUUAUAUAUUUUGUAUGGGUAUUCAUCUUUCUGUUGUUAUAUUUGAGUGGAAAUAUAAAGUUGAUUACAUA